AGCAGCCGGAGCAGCACAGAGGCUCACAGGCUCAGACACCAGCCACUCUCUCUCCAGCCACUCUCUCCCUGAAGCUCGUCUCCUCAGCCUCCAGCAUGAAGGUCUCCGCAGCGCUCCUCUGCCUGCUGCUCACCGUGGCCGCCCUCACCACCCAGGUGCUCGCUCAGCCAGACGCAGUCACCUCCCCAAUCACCUGCUGCUAUACAUUCACGGAGAAGAAGAUCCCGAUGCCGAAGCUGGUGAGCUACAAGAGAGUCACCAGCAGCAAGUGCCCCAAAGAGGCUGUGAUCUUCACGACCAAACUGAACAAGGAUGUCUGUGCUGACCCCCAGCUGAAGUGGGUCCAGGAUUCCAUGAAGCUCCUAGACAAGAAAACCCAAACUCCAAAGCCUUGAAUGCCCACUCCACAACCCAAGAAUCUAAGCCUAAUUUAUUUCCUCCUAACUUUCCCUAAAUGCCCUCUGAUAUUAUUUUAUUGUAUUUUCAAAGAAUAUGAACUUUGUUUAUUGAUAUGAAACAUGAUGUCUUAAGUAAUGCUAACCUUAUUUAAGUUAUUGAUGUUUUAAGUUUAUCUCCCACAGACACUGUGUUUUUUAGACUUGGAGACCUUUGUCUAAAUUGCUUCCCUCAGGGGUGCACUUCAGUUCCACUCCUGAAGUGGCAUGAGGGUCCUUGCAACAAUCAUGAAUACAAACACGUGUUGUCUUAAAUUCUAAGGUAUUGCUAAAAACGUUAUUAUGGAGAUGUAUAUGAUGUUACUCUGGAGCAAUAUAUAUAUUUUUGUACAAAA